CAUAACAUAUUGUAUAAUUUUGUUCUUAAUGGUGGGAGUGCCCAUGGCAGGGAUGCCUAAUGACCAUCUCUGACAGGGGGGGCAAAGGGGUCUGUUGUCGCGCUGUAGGAAGGGGGCGGGCAGAAUUGUGUCCUGAUUACAUUUGUACGUAUAGCCGAGUGGGCUUUUCAUAUGACUUUGUCCAGGGCCAGAAAAAAGCUGUUAGCGGCCCUGGCAAAAGGAACCGGAGAUACACGAAUGCUAAUUGGCUGAUUUUCUGGCGGGAUAGGACGAAAUAGAUCUCUGAUCCGGUGCGCUCCGGAGACUUGAAGAGAUAUUUAGUUGAUGGGCAGAGAUGACUCGGAUACCAAAAAAACUUAACAGACUGAUAUCCGUAAAGGAAACGGAUAAAAAUUACUUGAAAGUCAUCAAAUGGUUACAGAAAAAGAAGCUCCUCUCAAAGAAAUUGAAGUGCAAGGAAUGUGGAGGGAGGAUGAAGAUGAGAAAGCACAGAUGUCAAGACCACUUUCUAUGGAGGUGUCAAAGGCGUAGCCACAAAAAAGUGAGCAAGUCCAUCCGGGAUAGGUCCUUUUUCAGCCAUUCCAAACUUAGCCUGUUCAAAUGGCUGAAAUUCAUGUACAGGUUCUCUCAAGGACUCCGUCUGCGCCAGGUGGACAUGAUGGAGGACGAGAUCGCAGGCAGUUCCACAUCUCUUACCGUGAUGGCAAAAAAGAUUCGCACUGUCUGUGAGAUGGCCAUGAGGAAAGAACAAGACAGACGAGGGCAGCACAUUGGGGGGAGAAAGCAAUUUGUCGCUAUAGAUGAGAGCAACUUUCGGCACAAGAGAAAGUAUGGGAGAGGAAGAGUGGCGGGUGCCUGGAAUAGGAGAAAAUGGGUUUUUGGGAUGUUGGGCGUGUACAAGAAAAAAGCAGGAACCAAGCCAGUGCUCCGCCUGGUCGAUAAGAGAACCAGAAGGGAAUUGGUUCCUCUAAUUCGCAAGCAUGCACGGAGAGGAUCCACGAUUAUAAGUGAUGAGUGGCGGGCCUACAGAGUCCUACCUCAAUUCGGUUACAGGCAUUACACUGUUAAUCACAGCCGCUCAUUUGUGGAGCCCCAAACAGGGGCACACACCCAACAUAUAGAAAGAGCCUGGAGGACGUAUAAGGAACGGGUGUGGAGGCUGCGCGGAAACCGCACAGAGGAGAUGCUGCGCCAGCAUCUGGCAGUAAUAGAAUGGCAUGAGUGGCUGGGGAAUAAGCAUCCCAAUGGGCCACUAGGACGCCUAUUUCAUGAUAUUUCAAAAAUGUACAAAGUUAAGCAUUGA